UCCCAAGGUUGGGAAGAACCCAGGAGUCUUGACCCCUGCUAUCCUGUGAUCACCUAUGUGGUGCGUCAGGUGGUUUCCAGGGGCCGAAGUGGGAUCCUGUUCCCCCACAACAUGCCCCCUCCAUUUAUCCAGCCAUCCACACGUCUAUCCACAUUCAUCCAUCCAUCUAUCCACGUCCAUCUGUCCGUCCAUAGUUCCACCCCUCCAUCCAUCCAUGGUUCCAUCUCUCCAUCCACUGGACCAUCCAUCUGUGUCCAUCCUGGCUUCCAUCCAUCCGUCUGUCCUUCUGUUCAUCCACGCUUCCAUCCCUCCAUCCAGCCAUCAAUCUACCCACUCCAUCUGUCCAUGCAUGCUCCCAUCUCUGCUACGUGUGCAUUCAUCCCUUCUGCUGUCCAUCUAUCUAUUUAUCCAUCUGAACCUUCAUCCACCCAUCCAUCCUAGUCAGUCAUGCUUUUAUCUGUUCAUCUGUCCAUCCACUCAUGCUUCCACCCCUUCCUUCUGUGCAUCUAUCCAUCCAACUCUCCAUCCUGUGUCCCUCUGCCUCUCUAUCCAUCCAUCUGUCCAUUCUUUCAUCCAUUUAUCUAUCCAUGUGUGUGUCCAUCUGUCUGUAUGUCCAUCCAUCUGUACAUCCAUCUGUCUAUCCAUGCAUAGAUCUAUCCAACUGUCUGUCUGUGUCUGUUCAUCCAUCUACCUGCACACCCUGUCCAUCCAUCCAUCCUGUUCAUCCAGGCUUCCACGUGUCCAUUCCUUUAUCCAUCCAUCCAUCCGUUUAUCUGACCACCUGGAAAUCCAUCCAUCCAACUGUCCAUCUAUCAGUCCAUACACACUUUCAUUCACCUGUCUGUCCAUACAUUUGUACAUCCCCCAUCCAUCCAUAAAUCUGCCUAUAUAUAUAUAUACUCACACAUAUACACACACAUAUAUACACAUGCAUACCCACAUGCACCCACAUAUAUCCAUGUACACACACGUAUAAAGUUACAUCCACACAUACAUACCAACAUCCACACAUAUCCAUGUACACACAUAUCAACAGAUAUGAUAGCUAGACACGCACACACGCGCGCGGCACACACACACACACACACGCACAGAACAAGCCCUACAAUUUUUAAAGUGUAAAAAAAAAAAAAGUCUCUUUUUAAAUUAAACUUGCUCUUUUUCUAUUUUCCAAGGGGAGAAAAAAAAAGAGAAGCCCUAGGAAUGAAAAGGCAGUUAUUUUAAGACCUUUCCAAGAACCCCUGGCCCCGAGAAGGCAGAGGGUGAAA